AUGCCUGUGGUGUGGCCAACCCUCCUGGACCUCAGCAGGGAUGAGUGCAAGAGGAUCCUCCGCAAACUGGAACUGGAGGCAUAUGCAGGUGUCAUCAGUGCCUUACGUGCACAGGGAGACCUCACAAAGGAUAAGAAGGAUCUUCUUGGCGAACUUUCUAAAGUGCUCAGUAUUUCAACAGAGAGACAUCGUGCUGAAGUUCGCAGAGCAGUGAAUGAUGAACGACUAACCACCAUUGCACACAACAUGUCUGGCCCAAACAGCUCCUCUGAGUGGUCCAUAGAAGGUCGUCGUCUGGUGCCCCUGAUGCCACGACUUGUUCCCCAAACAGCUUUCACCGUCACGGCCAAUGCUGUUGCCAAUGCAGCUGUGCAGCACAACGCAUCUCUGCCAGUUCCUGCAGAGACUGGGAACAAAGAAGUGGUGGUUUGCUAUUCCUACACAAGUACCACUUCAACCCCAACAUCCACCCCUGUUCCAAGUGGCAGUGUAGCAACAGUGAAGUCCCCCAGACCUGCCAGUCCUGCCUCCAAUGUAGUCGUCUUGCCAAGUGGAAGUACUGUGUACGUCAAAAGUGUCACUUGCUCAGAUGAUGAUGAAAAGCCCCGAAAAAGACGGCGAACAAAUUCUUCAAGCUCUUCCCCUGUUCUCCUGAAAGAAGUUCCGAAGGCAGUGGCUCCUGUCACUAAAACUAUCACAGUGCCUGUAAGUGGCAGCCCCAAAAUGAGUAACAUAAUGCAGAGCAUUGCCAACUCCUUACCACCACACAUGUCGCCUGUGAAAAUAACCUUCACUAAGCCCUCAACGCAGACAACAAACACCACAACACAGAAGGUGAUAAUAGUAACCACCUCUCCAAGCUCCACUUUUGUACCCAACAUCCUUUCCAAGUCCCACAACUAUGCAGCAGUUACAAAACUUGUCCCAACAUCAGUCAUUGCCUCAACUACUCAAAAGCAGCCUGUGGUUAUCACUGCAUCUCAGUCCUCUGUGGUCAGCAGCAGCAGCUGUUCCACUCCCUCCUGCACUGCAAACACCAUUGCUGUGACUGCUGUAGUGUCAUCUACACCCUCAGUGGUUAUGUCAACUGUAGCACAAGGUGUGUCUACGUCGGCAAUUAAAGUUGCCUCUACCAGACUGCCUUCCCCAAAAGGUUUGGUUGGGAAUCCAACUCAGAUCUUAGCACAGUUUCCCAAACAGCAUCAGCAGUCUCCCAAACAGCAUAUGCACCAAGUCCAACAACAACAGCAGCAACAACAACAACAGCAGCAGCAGCAACAACAACAGCAACAACAGCAGCUGGUGCAGACUUCUGUGGCCCAGCAGCAGCCACAGCAAUCUCAGUUGCCACCUGGCAUCAAGCCUACCAUUCAGAUCAAACAGGAAUCAGGUGUUAAAAUAAUCACUCAACAGGUGCAACCCAGUAAAAUCCUUCCCAAACCAGUUACAGCGACCUUGCCCAGCAGUAGCAAUUCACCUAUUAUGGUGGUUAGCAGUAAUGGGACUAUCAUGACAACUAAACUGGUCACUACUCCCACUGGAACUCAAGCCACAUACACCAGGCCAACAGUGAGCCCUUCCCUGGGAGCUCGGAUGGCUGCAACUCCAGGGGCUGCUACUUAUGUGAAGACUACAAGUGGGAGCAUCAUUACUGUAGUACCAAAAUCACUGGCUACUCUAGGAGGGAAGAUUAUUAGCAGUAAUAUUGUUUCUGGAACUACAACCAAAAUCACUACAAUUCCAAUGACAUCCAAACCCAAUGUGAUUGUCGUGCAAAAGACUACUGGAAAAGGAACUACAAUCCAAGGGCUUCCAGGCAAAAAUGUUGUCACAACUCUGCUGAACGCUGGGGGGGAGAAAACUAUUCAGGCAGUGCCAGCAGGAGCAAAACCUGCUAUCAUCACUGCCACAAGACCCAUCACAAAAAUGAUUGUUACACAGCCAAAAGGAAUAGGGUCCACGGUCCAGCCAGCCACCAAAAUCAUCCCAACUAAAAUUGUUUAUGGGCAGCAAGGGAAAACACAGGUCCUCAUAAAACCAAAGCCAGUCACAUUUCAAGCCACAGUUGUGAGUGAACAAACCAGGCAGUUGGUGACUGAAACCUUGCAGCAGGCAUCAAGGGUGGCAGAGACAGGAAACUCUGCUCUCCCAGAAGUGAAAGAAGAACCACAAACCUACACUGACAGCAGCUCUUCUUCUACAGAGUCCUCCCAGAGCUCUCAAGAUUCUCAGCCUGUAGUCCAUGUGAUUGCCUCAAGAAGUCAAGAUUGGUCAGAGCAUGAAAUUGCUGUGGACACAAGCCCUACAAUCAUUUACCAGGAUGUAUCCAGUGAAUCUCAGUCAGCUACUUCCACCAUAAAAGCUUUGCUGGAACUUCAGCAGACAACAGUGAAGGAAAAGUUAGAAUCAAAGCCAAGGCAGCCAACCAUCGACUUGAGCCAAAUGGCUGUCCCAAUCCAGAUGACUCAGGAGAAGAGACAUUCACCAGAAAGUCCUUCAAUUGCUGUCGUAGAGUCAGAAUUAGUGGCUGAAUACAUCACAACUGGUAACUGUGGAGAAGUGCCACUGACCUCUUUCCUUUCAGUGAGCCACCGGGCCCAGCCCCAGCAGUCAGCUCAGCCCCAGAGGACUCUGCUGCAGCACGUGGCGCAGUCACAGACAGCAACACAGACUUCUGUUGUGGUGAAAUCUAUUCCUGCAUCCUCCACAGGAGCCAUUACCCAUAUCAUGCAGCAGGCCUUAAGCAGUCACACUGCAUUUACCAAACACAGUGAACAACUUGGAACUGAGGAAGGAGAAGUGGAAGAGAUGGACACCUUAGACCCUCAGACUGGCCUGUUUUACAGAUCUGCCCUGACACAAUCCCAGGCACAAAAACAGCAAAAACUGACUCAGCCCCAGCUGGAACAGACUCAAGUGCAAGUGAAAACCCUGCAGUGUUUCCAGACUAAGCAGAAGCAGACAAUCCACCUGCAGGCUGAUCAAAUCCAGCACAAACUCCCACAAAUGCCCCAACUUUCUAUAAGGCAUCAAAAACUAACCCCCCUGCAGCAAGAGCAAGCACAGACCAAACCAGAUGCACAGCACCCCCCACAUCACAUGAUGGCCAAAGAAAGGCAACUCCCUACCUUAGUGGCACAGCCACAGCAAACUGUAGUACAGGUGUUGGCAGUAAAAACCACUCAGCAGCUGCCCAAACUGCAACAGGCACCAACGGCACAAAAAAUCUACGUGCAACCCCAACCCCCCCAGAGUCAAAUGCAGCUACCUGCCUCUUCAGAGAAACAGCCAGCAAGCCAGGUGCAACAGCCAAUUCUAACCCAAGGAUCCACUGUCACAAAGAUAACCUUUGAGGGCCCUCACCCUCCUUUGGGUUCAAAGGUAGCAGGUGGCAGUGCUGUGCCCAAACUGGCAUUGCCAGUUACCAGCCUAUUUCCCAUGCAGGCAUCCACGGAGGCAGCAGUAGCAGAUAUUUUGAGAGUGUCUAUGGUGGAAGCUCAGAUUGAUACAAACAUAGAACAUACCAUAGUGGAUCCCCCAGACAAGGCCACGUCCACUAGUAAAGUCGGUAGCGGAGCAGAGGCCUCACCUCGGGCCCAGGUGGCUGCAGUAGGGAUGACGACAACUUCCAGCCCUCAGCAACAGACAUCCAGCUCAAGUCCUCCUGCUCUUGGGCCUGCUUUACCAGAGAGGAAACUCGAUGCACAAGGAAUGCCUACAACAAACCAGUUUAUACACAUUCAGAAUCUAUCCCAAAAGAAAGCUGAAGAGAGCUCAUCAGACAUUGUUGUCCAGACUAUCCCUCACUAUUCCAUCCCUUGUCACUCCAGCUCCAACGUGGUAGUGGAACCCAGUGGGCUCCUGGAACUCAACAACUUCACCAGUCAGCGCCUCGAUGAGGAGGAGACGGCAAUGGAGCAAGAUGUGGACAGUAGCACUGAGGAUGGCACUGAGCAAAGCCCCUCUCAGAGUUCUGCUGACCAAUCCUAAGGUCACUGGACACUGGAGUGCACUUUAAAAUUAUCUUGGGCUUUUUGAGUAGCCAAGAUGCCCUUUAAUUGUGAUGUCUUAGAGCAUUUUGCCUAUUAGAGUUGUUCAUUGGAGCCUUGAAGCAUCAGUGUGUUUUAACAAGACAGUAUUGCAGAAGCUGCAUCUUAAUUGUUUCCAAAAAAAAAAAGAAGAAAA